AUGAAAUGUCUUAUGGGCAUUUUCGUCUUAACGUUAAAUUCUCUUCAACGCAUAAGAGAGCGUGGGAAUUAGGGUUUCUUCCAUAGGUCAGGGUUUCCAUCAUCUAAUCUUAGAUCGAAUGGGGGUGUUCACGUUCGUGUGCAGGAGCUCCGGCGAGGUGUGGAGCGCGAAGCAGCUCUCCGGCGACGUGGAGGCGUCGGCGUCCUCGACCUACGAGCUUCAGCGGAAGCUGGUCCAGGCCGCGCUCGCCGCCGACUCCUCCGGCGGGAUCAACUCCUCCUUCUCCAUGGUCACCCCCUCUUCUGCCGUCUUCCAGGUGAUAAUUGGUGGAGGUGGUGGUGGGGCGUUCAUCGGUGGUGCACCUGCGGGUGGUGCGGCGGCCGGUUCUGCCACUGGUGGUGCUGCUCCUGAGGCACCUCCUGCUGAGGAGAAGAAGGAAGAGAAAGAAGAAAGUGACGAGGACAUGGGAUUCUCGCUCUUUGAUUAGAUUGCUGUCAAGAGAACAAUAUGAGUCUCCAGUUUUGGUUUGCUUUAGACAUUAUGUUCUUGGAAUAAUCCUCAUAUGAAGAAAUUUAAUGAACAUGGAGUGAUUAGGACUGACAGAUCCUGGUUUUAAGAAUGCUUGUUCACCAUAUGGUUUCUAGCACUUUAUCUCUGCUUUAAUCCCUUUUUGACUAUCCUACUUUCUUUA